AUGGCAGGGGAUGAGGAAUCAAAGCCUCGAGGCUUACAGUCGGCGAAUGGGAACUCUAGCGCUGCAGACCCAACAACAUCAUCAAUACUGAUGAAUAAUAUAUUUCCAGGUCACUUGUCUUCAGAAGCCUUUGAUACCAUCUCUCAGCUACGCAAGGAGUUGAUCGAAAAAGGUCCUGGGUCAUUUUCUCGAACUGCUGACGAUGUCAAGAAUACACAAGCUCUGAUAAAUGUCGCUCUUAAGGUUGCUUCUGAAGUUACGACGAUAGACAGCCAACUUCCUGGCGACGAAACAGAGAGACGUCUCUUGGAUUGUCUCGAUAUCGUCCAACUGCUCAUUGAGAAUUCCCUUAGAGGCCUCGAUGGAGGGGAUUUCGACACGGAAAUUCCAGGCCAGGAUGCGCCGUUGCCUUUUCAUCUUCGGUUAAUCAUUGAGUUGAUUGAUCUCGCCGUCAAAGUGCGGCUAAAUGGCGUGGGAGCCAAAAUCAAGUCCAUUCUGGUUAUGAUCACACGUUCUCAGCAUGAUAUGUUUCGGGCUCCGCUUUUUCCCAGGCAUUCUGUUUCAACUAUACUAGGUGUUAUAGCUACUGACAUCAUCAGGUCACUGGAAAUGGUAGAUGUUUCGAAGAAUACAACCCUGAACAUCACUCUACCUGGCCCUGGAAGCCCAUUAGAGAAGCAUCUAACAGCAAAACUGAGCCUGUCAGGACGACCUUUCCAGGCCCCGAUUCGCCUGGGGGAUAUCACUCGUGCCACGUAUAUACUACUUCAAAUCCUUGAGGCACUUCUUCAACCUGCAGAACUAAAGUCGGGUAGCUUUUCUACAUCUGGGAUGGUACAGGAUUUUACAGCUUCCCUGAACUUGGCUAGUCGCAUAGGGAAAUACCUUAUGUCACUGAUGAGGCGUCGUGGCAUGAACGGCAGGCGGAAUAUCAUCGAUCCUGUGGUCCAGUACCUCUACUUCUGUGACUUGUCACUAACGAGAUCAUUGGAGUAUAACAACAUCGGAUCACUGGAUGCUCAAGCUAGUAAGACUCUUAUCGAAUUCCUGGUAAUUGUGAUAUCAGAUUCCGGUCUCAGCCAUGAGCCCCAGGUUGAGCAGGCUUUGUGUGAUUGUCUAGAAGGUUUAAAGGAGAGUCAAAAAGCUUCACUUUUAACGAGCAUGACUGUACAAAGUGUUCUGGUUCCUAGACUUGUUGACAUUCAAGCUAGAGACGAGCAGUCCGUCGAUCGUUCGUCACCGUUCCAGGAGUUUAUUAACGCCCAGAAGGCUUUAUAUCCACAUGAGAUUGAUCUAGCUCAGCGUGCCCCCAAACGUAUCAGACUAUCUGAGCCUCAAUCCGAAUCCGGCGAGAAGGAUAUCAGUCAGCAAAUUCUAGAGAAAGCCUCGAAACUCAUUGACUCUAACGGCAUAACGAGGUUUGAUGAACUGGCACUAGCUGCGAGGCAAAAGUACAAAGAUCUUUCGGAGCAGCAAAAGUGCGAGUUUUUCACCAUAAUUUCAACUUACCCAUGUAUUGCAGCGUCCCAUCGGUUCAAUGGAUCUCUGUCCAUGUCUACGGACUCAUCAAGCACCUUUCACUGCCGCAUCUGUGACUCGGAACGAACAGUUUCAGACGCAGUCGUGGCUUGGCAAGGCAACGAAGCUGAUGAAUUUCGAAGCUUUCUCCUAGAGUUUCUACCUAAACCUUCACGUAGCUCACCCUUACGGGUAUCAUACCUACUUACGGUGAGGCGAUUCCUCUAUCAUGAGCCAGAAGUAAAGAGCCUAUCUGUCAAGUCCUCGUCAGUUGGCGAACUAUGCCUUCACUCUCUGAAAGCCGCCUCAAGGGAGUUGCGGAUCACAACGGGACAUAUCUUGCCUUGCUUCCUACGCAAAGCUGUGGAUGUCCAAAUACGACGACAGAAUUUUGUCAUCAUUCUGGAGUGUCUGAAAAGCGUAUCAGAAAGAGUCGACAUUCCUUCUCAGGAGACUUGCAUCUUGACAUUAUGCCGAUUAGCAGAGGUAUCUGAGGACGAGGAGCUUAACAUCAUACUUCUCCGUCUUCUAGAGUAUCUAGGACACGCAAAUCCGUAUAUUUGUGCAGUAGCUUACACAGAGCUUUUGAAACUAUCGCAAGAAUCAUCAACAACAGUUGCAGGUCUACUUCGCCCUUUCUGGAGAUCCUUGUCAGUGACCGUAGUAAAAAAUCUGAGGAAUCGCCCUCACAUGGCAGAGCAACUGUGCGAUCUAUUGGGAAUGUCGGUUGACAGCUUCUUACAAUUGACCGAAGUUCACACGCUGCCAUAUCUCGUUUACACUCGCAGGCGAGAAAUUAUUAUGAGGAUAGCUGCGGCUUAUCCCUCCAAGUCAGCUUUCGAGCUUUGCAUGGAGCGGAAUAAUUUUGCAGCAAUCAUAGCAUAUUUGUUGAGUCAACCGGAGGAGAACCAUGAGGCUAUGAUAUAUUCUCUUUUGGUCGAUAUUGAUCCCAAGUUCAAGGAAACCUCGGUUACCAUGCUGCUCAAGACAGAACCCAUCCCUAUUACUCGCGAGCUGUUGAAGAAUAUGGGUGAUGCAGGCGAGGGUAAUGAUGGAAAGUUUGACGGCGCACUUCGCCUCCUUGCUAAGCUCAUAUCCUCCAAGCAAUCCUCGGGAACGUCAAAUUCAAAGUCCCAUCGUCAGGUUGGGCUCUUUAUAGAGGAGCAUCUACUAGGUCUUAUAACAGAAUUCUCCGACACCGUGAAUGAUGUCCGCAUACGUUACUCGAACAUGGAGAAGAAGCGAAAUAUCAUAGCAAUUGGUGAAAUGAUCAAACUUGCCAGAGGUCAUGUUAACGUUGCAAUUCCCCAGAUAUGCUCUUGCCUUAGAUCAUCUCUGGAGGUCGAGGAAUUGUGUGACCAUGCAUUUGCUGUCUGGUGUAUUUUGAUCACUCAUCUCGAACCUGACGAGGUUGAAGCACUUAUAGAUCAGUCCAUUGCGAUUAUCCUGCGAUACUGGCCAACUAUUCAAGAAGGAAGUAAGCAAAUGGCGCUGGUCCUGAUGGAUCAUCUUUUCCAGCAUCAUGGAUAUCAGCUACGUGAGAUCUUCCAGACUCUACCAUCAUUGCUAUCCAUUCCCGAAAUGUCCCGCUAUGAGGAUCAGAUAAACAACUUCAGAGGUUCCAUGGAUCUGAGUGAGCGUUUGAUAGCAUUCAGUGUCCGCUGUCAAAGUGAAAGCCUCACUGUCGUCGAGCAGGCGCUACAAGAAUUGGUUCCCUUCUUAGAUGACAAAAACGAGAUUCUGCACAGGACUCUACUCAAUCACCAAUCAAACAGCGGAAUUGCACAGCUUACCCGCUCUCUUCUUGAUUGCUGCGUGAAAUUUCAAUCCGAGUCUGAUACGAUUGCCAUGUCUACUGCACGUUCUCUUGGUUUAAUAGGAUGCUUGGAUCCAAACAGGGUUGAGAUAUCAAAAGAGAAGAAAGAUAUUCUCGUUCUUUCCAACUUUGCUCGCGCAGAAGAAACGUUCGACUUUACAAUGUUCUUCCUUCAAAAUGUCCUCGUUGAUGCAUUUCUAUCGGCCUCAAAUACUCGAGCACAGAGCUUCCUCGCUUAUGGCAUGCAGGCCCUUAUGAGCGCAAGCCAUAUCACAACCGAGAUCACAACGCCGUCAGAUGACCUUGAAAAAAAUGAGAAGCAUCGGCGCUGGCUAAACUUGCCUGAGAUUGUGAGGAAUACAGUGACUCCUUUCUUAACGUCAAGAUACUCUAUUACUUUGGGUGCAGCUAAAACCGAAUGCACCUAUCCAUUAUUCAAACCAGAUAUGAGCUACGGAAAAUGGCUGCGUACGUUUGUCAUGGACUUACUUCAAAAGUCAUACAGUUCCAAUGUGAAGAUGAUAUUUUCGGUAUUUGCCAGAAUCGUUCGAGACCAGGACAUCACGAUUCCCGCUUUUAUUCUUCCUUUUGCUGUGCUGAAUAUUGCAGCGGAUGGUCCUGAAGAGCAUAAACGAGAGAUUCAAGAAGAACUGGUGCGUGUGUUGUCUCAUCCUUCUCCUGAAGGUAGUACUCGUGUGAGAGAAAAUGUUCUUCUUUGUAGUGAGAGUGUAUUCAGCGCUCUUGACUACCUGUUAAGAUGGCUGCAAGGAAAGAAGAAACAGCAUGCUAUACUCGCAAGCAAUCUUGCCGGGAAAAGUACACAAGCAGAGUUGAUGCUUGAUCUCUCUUCGGCCCAAAUCAAGAGCGUCGAGCAGAUCUUGUCCUCCAUUCGUCCAGAAGUCAUAUCGAAGAGAGCUGUCGAGUGCAAAUCUUUCUCUAGAGCACUUUUCCACUGGGAGCAAUACAUACGACAAAGCAAAAGCUACUCGGAACGACGCGACGACACGGAUCUGGAACCUCUUUACCAACGUCUGCAAGAGAUUUAUACACAGAUUGACGAACCUGACGGCAUCGAAGGCAUUUCGACUUAUCUUCAUGUACUGGAUGUUGAUCAACAGGUCCUCGAACACCGAAAAGCUGGCAGGUGGGAUGCUGCUCAGAGCUGGUAUGAGUUGCAAUUGGACGAAGAUCCGAGUAACAUCGACACACAGUUGAAUUUGCUCACUUGUUUGAAGGAGUCUGGCCAGCAAGAUGCACUUCUAAGCAGAUUUGAGACAUUCAGCGAGUCUAAGGAAUAUCCCUCAAAGCUAUUCCCAUUCGCUUUAGAAGCUUCCAUCUCAACAGGGAAAUGGUCAAAACUCGAAAAUUUUCUCAAAUUGUGUCCCAGAGAUAACACCACAGACUUCACGGUGGGUAUAGCUUCAGCUCUCAAUGCUCUUCGUAAUGGCGACAAAUCUGCAUUCAAUGAAAUCAUUCAAAAACUACGGCUCAAUACUACAAGGUCAAUGACAGCAAACUCAACCAUAUCCUUACAGACAUGUCAUGAUACGUUGCUCCAGUUACAUGCCUUGUCUGACGUUGAAGCCAUCGUAAACGCAGACAGUCAGAUAGGUAUGACGAAAGCCGAACUUCUCGAUACGUUAGAUUACCGUCUCGACCUUUUAGGGGUCUAUAUAUCUGAAAAGCAGUAUCUUUUGGGAUUAAGGAGGGCUGCCAUGGAGCUUGCAACCGGAUUUUCAAAAACAGAUAUAGCUGCUGUCUGGCUGAAAAGCGCCCGACUAUUUCGAAAGAAUGGCCACAUUGGCCCAGCUUAUAAUGCUGUAAUGCACGCAGCACAACUCAAAGCGAAGUCCGCUACGAUCGAGCACUCGCGCCUGUUGUGGACUGAUGGACAUCAUCGAAAGGCAAUCCAGACGCUCAAGGGUGCGAUAGCUGCCAAUGCCUUUGUUUCUGAAGAAUCCGAAAUAUCAGUGAGGGCUUCUGUCUCAAUGACUGGAGAGAAACUAGGAACGCAAAACAUCCUUGCUGCCAAGGCCCACUUAUUACUUGCGAAGUGGACGGAUAGAGCAGGGCAGACUCACUCCGAAGUCAUUGUCCAAAGAUACCGAGAGGCAAUCAGGCUCUUCAGCAAGUGGGAAAAGGCUCAUUUCUACUUGGGAAAGCACUACAAUAAGAUCAUUGAAUCCGAAAGGGCGAAACCACCUGGCAAACAAUCUCAAAUAUAUCUGAGUGGAGAGGCCUCUAAACUGGCCAUUGAUAACUUUCUUAGGUCUUUAGCCAGCGGAAACAAAUUCGUCUUCCAAAGCUUACCGAAGAUAUUGACUCUGUGGCUUGACCAUGCAACAAAUGUUGAUCAAGCUUUCGAUCCUAAAAGGGGAGACAACGUCGAGUUUCAGAAACUGAUCACCGCUCAGCGAGAGAAGUCUCUAGAUGAAAUGCAUUCUCAACUAAAUAAAUAUUUUCUCCGUCGAAUCCCGCCCGAAGUGCUUUUCACGAUUCUCUCUCAAAUCGUUGCUAGAAUUUGUCAUACGAAUAGUACGGUGCAUGAGCUAUUGACAAAUACAGUUGUCAAGAUCGUCGGAAAUUUCCCACGUCAGGGUCUAUGGACAGUUUUGGCUCUGGUUAAAUCCUCAUCAAAGGAUCGCGCUUCAAGAGGCAUGGCAUGUCUUAAAAAGAUAACGGAGGAGAACAAGAAGUCCAACAAAAGCGGAUUCACCCCGUCAGAGAUAGGUUCAAUGAUAAAAGGUGGGCAGAAGUUUGGCGAAGAACUGUUGAGCUUGUGCAAUGCGCGGGUCGAAGAAAAAGGGACAGCGAAGAUCAGCCUGUCGCGAAACUUGGGUUUCAAUCACAAAGUUGCUCCGUGCCGUCUAGUUGUGCCAUUUCAAAGCAUGCUGACACCAAUCCUCCCGCCGUCUCAUGAAGGGACCUUCAUCAAGCAAUUCAAUCCCUUCCCGGGCGAUGUCGUUAGCGUUGAGAAAGUUCUGGACGAUGCGUUGGUUCUCAAUUCAUUGCAAAAGCCCCGCAAAAUCAGUAUUCUAGGUACAGAUGGAAAGAUUUAUAGUCUCUUAUGCAAGCCGAAAGAUGACCUCAGGAAGGAUCAACGUCUAAUGGAGUUUAACAAUAUGAUCAACGGAUUUCUCAAGAAGGAUGUCGAUUCGAUCAAACGUCGCAUGUAUAUCAAAACAUACGCCGUUACACCUCUUAAUGAAGAAUGUGGACUGAUAGAGUGGGUUGACAAUCUACGCACUCUACGAGACAUAGUCAUGAAACUACUAAGAGAGAGAGGCAUUACUCCAAAUUUCAAUGAGAUUCGUCAUUAUCUGAACGAAGCUUGCUCACAUCAUGACAAACUUCCUGUCUUCACGACAAUGAUCCUGUCAAAGCUUCCUCCUGUUCUACACGAGUGGUUUGUCGAAAUGUUCCCGGAUCCAGGAGCAUGGCUGGAAGCACGACUGCGAUUCACUCGAACCAGUGCCGUGAUGUCGAUGGUCGGCCAUGUUCUCGGAUUGGGUGAUCGCCACGGUGAGAACAUACUGUUUGAAGAAAGCACAGGAGGUAUUUUGCACGUCGAUUUCAACUGCCUCUUCGAUAAGGGCUUGACGUUUGAGAAACCUGAAGUAGUCCCGUUCCGUCUUACGCACAAUAUGGUGGACGCCUUUGGGGCAUAUGGCUAUAAUGGGCCAUUCCGAAGGACAUGCGAAAUAACACUUGGACUAUUGCGGCAAAAUGAAGACGCACUUAUGAACAUCAUGGAAACGUUCCUAUAUGACCCUACAACAGAUUUCAUAGGGAAAAAGAGGCGAACUCACAAAGAUGUGCCAGAUACACCAGAAGGGGUUAUGGAGAGCAUCAGAAACAAGCUGAGAGGUCUGUUGCCUCGUCAGUCGGUGCCGCUUUCGGUGGACGGACAUGUGGAUGAAUUGAUAUUACAAGCCACAGAUAAGAGGAACCUGGCUGCCAUGUACAUAGGCUGGUGUCCAUUUUUCUGAUAAGACGCAACUACCAACGUUAGUGUAACGUAUUACUUAAUGACUGAAAUGAAACCC